CCCAGGGUGCAGUGCGGGCGCGGCAGGGUGCGCGCGGAGGCCACUGGGAGUCGCGGACGGGCGGACAGUGAGGAGCAACAACAGCGGCGGCGGCGGCGGGAGUUCGGGCCCGAACCGCACACCAUGAGCUCGGGCAGGAGGCCGCCGAGAGAGCGGGCAGCGGAGCACGGCGCCAAGAGGCCCGCCUCACCCAAUGGUAAAGGAUCCUCCACCUGGGAUUCAGCUGACCUGGGCGAUGACGAGAGGAAGCUGAAAUUCCUGAGGCUAAUGGGAGCUGGGAAGAAGGAUCAGACUGGCCGGCUCCAUACAGGAGAUCACAAGUCAACCACAAGUCACUUCAGGACAGGUGACGAAGAGAAGAAAAUCAACGAGGAGCUGGAGCAUCAGUUUCAUCAGAGUUUGGACAGUCAGCUUUCAGGGAGAAAUCAGCGGCAUUGUGGGUUGGGCUUCAACGAGCCUAAACCACCAGAAGUGGAACAGGUCAGCACUUCAGAGGAGUCAACAGCCGACAGCAGCUUGAGUGACUCUAAAGAUCAAAUGGAUGAUGCGUUGGAGCAUUUUCCCGAGUGUGCAGAAUCCAGUGACGAACCACACCAGCCCGAUGCCAAAAAUCACGGCCUGAAAAGCUCGUACAAAAUGAUGUUUGUAAAGUCAUCUACAAACUAACCCAAUUGCUUGGGCACAUCCCGUAUUCUGUCAGUUGUUCCAGAUUGCACAUUUUACUAUAAAGGAGUGGGAGAAGGGAUCAACAUUGGGUUUAGUUCCAGGUCUUUUACUGUUUUCAAAAACCAAAAUCAGUGCUACAUGACUGAAUUUUCAUUUCAUAUUGUAUCCCUUUCUCCUUCCAUUACCUUUUUUUUAAAAAAAAAUAUUUAGGUGAUAUGUGAGUGGUAGAAGAUUUGACUCCCGAAAAUGUUUUUCUGAUUUUUAUUUUUCUGAUUUGAUCUUCCACAAUCUAGUGUGUACCACAAUAUUUCCUGUUUAUAGUUUUUAAUUAAGCGUUUUGAGUGUCUAAAGUAGAAAUUAACUAACCCUCGCCAGUGUCAAAGUAAUUUAUAAAUACAUAUCAUUUGUGCAAACUUUUGUUUUUCUGGAAAGUGAUCUACUUCCCGUGCGGGAAGUGGAUUCGAUUUGAACGAUAAAGGCUAGUUGAAACUCCACUUUUUUGAGAAUUUUUAGCUGUUCAUACACACUGUAUAUAAAUAAAACAUGAAGAAAAAUUA